AACGAUCGAGAUAUUCCUCUGGCUACUCUCCUGCCGGCAUGGUGGCAUCUUCCAAUAUGAAGCUUCUCAUCUUAGUUUUAGUAAGUGUUGCCGCUGCCGAUAGGCCACCGUCCACCAGCUAUGGAGCCCCCUCCGGAGGACCACUCGGAGGCAAUGGCAACGGCUAUGGAUAUGGAGUAGAUCCGGCCAUUGCUGCUCUUACUGGAGAACAUCCCUGGAAAGGUGGUGGUGUCCCAGGAGAAGAUUACCCCAUUUUGGCCUCCGUCCCCGACACUGGAUUCUCGUGUGAUGAGCAGAAUGUCCCUGGCUAUUACGCCGACACGGCCGAUGAAGCCGGCUGCCAAGUCUUCCACAUCUGCCAAGAUCGUCCCAAUGGACGCCGCCAGAAGGACUCUUUCCUCUGCCCCAACGGAACCAUCUUUAACCAGCAAUACUUGGUGUGCGACUGGUGGUUCAACUUUGACUGCUCUACAGCUGAAGAUUUUUAUUCCGUGAACGAACUCAUUGGAGUUGAACCGUAUGGCUAUGGUAACGGCAAUGGAAAUGGCAAUGCCAAUAAUGGCUAUGGUUCCAAUGGAAGUGGAAACGGAUUUGGCUCUAAGAGCAAUGGACGAAAAAAUGGCAAUGGUGCCUCCAAUGGAUAUGGCUCUAAUGGCAAUAGUGCAAAGAAUGGAAAUGGAGCUUCCAGUGGUUAUGGAUCUAAUGGCAAUGGUGCAAAGAAUGGAAAUGGAGCCUCCAAUGGAUAUGGCUCUAAUGGUAAUGGCGCAAAGAAUGGAAAUGGAGCCUCCAAUGGUUAUGGAUCUAAUGGUAAUGGCGCAAAGAAUGGAAAUGGAGCCUCCAAUGGAUAUGGCUCUAAUGGCAAUGGUGCAAAGAAUGGAAAUGGUGCCUCCAAUGGAUAUGGCUCUAAUGGCAAUGGCAAUGGCGCAAACAAUGGAAAUGGAGCCUCCAAUGGUUAUGGAUCUAAUGGCAAUGGUGCCAACAACGGAAAUGGAGCCUCCAAUGGUUAUGGAUCUAAUGGCAAUGGUGCCAGGAAUGGAAAUGGAGCUUCCAAUGGAUAUGGCUCUAAUGGCAAUGGUGCAAAGAAUGGAAAUGGAGCCUCUAAUGGUUAUGGAUCUAAUGGCAAUGGUGCAAAGAAUGGAAAGUGGAGCCUCCCAACGGUUACGGUGGAUCUAAUGGCAAUGGUGCUAAGAAUAGGGAAAUGGAGCCUCCAACUGGUUAAUGGAUCUAAUGAAUGGAAAUGGAGCUCCAAGUUAACGGAUAAAUGGCAAAUGGUGCAAAGAAUGGAAAUGGCGCCUCCAAUGGAUAUGGCUCUAAUGGCAAUGGUGCAAAGAAUGGAAAGGAUGGAGCUUCAAUGGAUAUGGUCUAAUGGCAAUGGUGCAAAGAAUGGAAAUGGAGCUUCUAAUGGAUAUGGCUCUAAUGGCAAUGGUGCAAAGAAUGGAAAUGGAGCCUCCAAUGGUUAUGGAUCUAAUGGCAAUGGUGCAAAGAAUGGAAAUGGAGCCUCUAAUGGUUACGGAUCUAAUGGCAAUGGUGCAAAGAAUGGAAAUGGAGCCUCCAAUGGUUACGGAUCUAAUGGCAAUGGUGCAAAGAAUGGAAAUGGCGCCUCCAAUGGAUAUGGCUCUAAUGGCAAUGGUGCAAAGAAUGGAAAUGGAGCUUCCAAUGGAUAUGGCUCUAAUGGCAAUGGUGCCAAGAAUGGAAAUGGAGCUUCUAAUGGAUAUGGCUCUAAUGGCAAUGGUGCCAAGAAUGGAAAUGGAGCUUCCAAUGGUUAUGGCUCUAAUGGCAAUGGUGCCAAGAAUGGAAAUGGAGCUUCCAAUGGAUAUGGCUCUAAUGGCAAUGGUGCAAAGAAUGGAAAUGGAGCUUCCAAUGGAUAUGGCUCUAAUGGCAAUGGUGCCAAGAAUGGAAAUGGAGCUUCCAAUGGAUAUGGUUCUAAUGGCAAUGGUGCCAAGAAUGGAAAUGGAGCCUCCAAUGGAUAUGGCUCUAAUGGCAAUGGUGCUAAGAAUGGAAAUGGAGCUUCCAAUGGAUAUGGCUCCAAUGGCAAUGGAGCAAAGAAUGGAAAUGGAGCCUCCAAUGGUUACGGCAAUGGCAAUGGUGCAAAGAAUGGAAAUGGAGCCUCCAAUGGUUACGGAUCUAAUGGCAAUGGUGCAAAGAAUGGAAAUGGAGCCUCCAAUGGUUACGGAUCUAAUGGCAAUGGUGCAAAGAAUGGAAAUGGAGCCUCCAAUGGAUAUGGCUCUAAUGGCAAUGGUCCCAAGAAUGGAAAUGGAGCCUCCAAUGGAUAUGGCUCUAAUGGCAAUGGUGCAAAGAAUGGAAAUGGUGCCUCCAAUGGAUAUGGCUCUAAUGGCAAUGGUUCAAAGAAUGGAAAUGGUGCCUCCAAUGGAUAUGGCUCUAAUGGCAAUGGUGCCAAGAAUGGAAAUGGAGCCUCCAAUGGUGCAAAGAAUGGAAAUGGGGCCUCCAAUGGUUAUGGAUCUAAUGGCAAUAGUGCAAAGAAUGGAAAUGGAGCCUCCAAUGGUUAUGGUUCUAAUGGAAAUGGGGCUACGAAUGGCAAUGGAGCUUCCAACGGUUAUGGUUCUAACGGCAAUGGGGCUAAUAAUGGUAACGGAGCCUCCAAUGGUUAUGGCUCUAAUGGAAACAGUGCUACAAAGAGUAAUGGGGCACUCAAUGGCUUCAGUCCUAACGGCAACGGUGCUUCUAAUGGAUAUGAAUCCAGCGAAACUGACUCCGAUGUAUAUGGUUCUUUCGAUGAUGAUGCUAGUGAUGGAGCUUUUGAUGCCUACAGCACUAAUGGAAAUGGCAACAACAACAACAAUGAUCAAUAUGACACCAGUGAAGUCAGCCAGGACCUCAUUGGCACUGGGGUCUACGAUGCCAACAGCUUUCUCCCACCUAUCGAUUCCUCUAGUUCUUACAUCAACUAAGUAAAGAAAUGCUAAACUUCAUUUAAUCCAUACCACAAAUGGCUUUGCAAAUACUCACAUCAUCUAUAUUUUUUAACAGAAAGAGAUGCCACAAUAGGAAUAUUUUUGUAUAAAAUAUUUAUCAAAUAAAGCACAGACAAUGA